UCAUCAGCAUCAGCAUCAUCAUCAGCAUCAUCAUCAUCAGCAUCAUCAUCAUCAUCACAAUCGGGCGGCCUCAACGUCGCCUUCAUCGAGAAGUUCGAGAAGAACCGCCGCGUCAGCUACACCGCCUUCUGCACCCUCAUCUUCGUCUACAGCGUCCUGAUCGUGCUGGGGGCGACGGGGAACUCCCUCGUGGUCAUGGCCGUCAUUCGGAAGCCGGCCAUGCGCACGGCCAGGAACGUGUUCAUCAUCAACCUGGCCAUCUCGGACCUCCUGCUGUGCCUGGUGACGAUGCCCCUCACCCUCAUGGAGCUCCUGUCGCAGUACUGGCCCCUCGGAGACACCCCCUUCGCCUGCAAGCUCGUGGGGACGCUGCAGGCGACGUCCAUAUUUGUGUCGACGAUUUCCAUCACGGCAAUCGCUCUCGACCGAUAUCACGUGAUUGUGUACCCGACGAAGAAGUCGCUGCAGAAAGUGGGCGCGGCGGGGGCGCUGAUGGGCAUGUGGCUGCUCUCCUUCCUCCUGGCGCUGCCCAACUUCAUCUGGCGAACCUUGGAGAACCACUACGUGAACCUUCCGGGGAUCGAGACCGUCAGUUUCUGCUUCGAGGACUGGCCCUCCGCCCACGGCCGCGCCUACUACAGCGUGUUCGUGAUCGUGGUGCAGUACUGCCUGCCGAUCCUCACGCUGAGCAUCGCCUACGCCCGGAUCUGCAACAAGCUCAAGUACCGCAUGGCCAACAGCUCCACCCGCUCGUCCUCGCGCUGCCGGAAGAAGGACGGACGCAUGAGGAGGACCAACACCCUCCUGGUCUCCAUCGCCCUCAUCUUCUGCUUGUCGUGGCUGCCCCUCAACCUGUACAACGUCGUCGUCGACCUCCACAACCCCUUCGGCGAGGACACGGAGUCCAUGCUGAUCGUGUACUCCGUCUGCCACAUGGCCGGGAUGUCGUCGGCGUGCUCCAACCCCCUGCUCUACGGCUGGCUCAACGACAACUUCCGCAAGGAGUUCCUGGAGAUCUUCGCUUUGCUCUGCCCCUUCUGCCCCUCCAUCGUCAACGCCUCCGCCCGGAUGAACAGCUUCAAGACCAGUCGGAUCGGCAAGGACGGCGGCUCCCUCAGGUCCCUCCCGCCCUCCAGCCACCCCGUGGUGCUCUACACGAAGGCCGUCGAGGAGCAGACCUGCAACGGCAACAGCGUCGACCUGCAAGAGCAAGAGGUGACAUUCAUCUCGCAGAUCGUCACCACCACCACGCUCUAG